CGAAACCCUCACCCCUCCCUCCAACUCUCUUCCCGGUUCCAACAGUGGCGUCCAUUCCAAGAAUCCUCAGCGCCUGUGCAAGGCGCAUCCUCUCCUCCAGCACGCUACGAUCCACCCGAACAAUGGCAACUGCAACUACCAACGGCACGCGCGGCGAUGCGACGCCGGCGGAGUCGAUGCAAACACCCACCGAAACCACCACCGCCGCAGAAUCCCCCAAGCCGACGAAACUCCAUGGCCGCGCCUUCUACGAAAGUAUAGGCAGUCCCAAGUUUGUCCUCGCUCCCAUGGUUGACCAAUCUGAAUUCGCCUGGCGCAUGCUCACCCGCACCUACAUGACCGCCUCAAGCACCAAAGACCUCCUCGCCUACACCCCCAUGCUUCACGCGCGCCUCUUCACCACCACCGAAAAAUUCCGCUUCAACCACUUCCAACCCACUCGCUCUGGCCUCCCGACCGUUCCUACCUCCGCCCCUCCUGUUUCGUCGACAGACACCUACCUCGACGGACACCCCUCUAUCGACCGCCCGCUCUUCGUGCAGUUCUGCGCGAACACGCCGGAGGAUCUGCUGGCGGCCGCGCAGUACGUGGCGCCGUUUUGUGAUGCGGUGGAUUUGAAUCUCGGGUGUCCGCAGGGGAUUGCGAGGAAGGGGGGGUAUGGGGCGUUUUUGCAGGAGGAUCAGGAACUUAUUUAUAAGUUGAUCAAUACACUACAUACCGGCCUCGACGUGCCGGUGACGGCGAAGAUACGCGUGCUUGAGACGCGUGAGGAGACGUUGGCGUAUGCGGAGAAGGUUUUGAGCGCGGGGGCUAGUAUAUUGACUGUUCAUGGGAGGCUGCGCGAGGCGAAGGGACAUAAGACAGGAUUAGCGGAUUGGGCGGCGAUUCGACACCUUAGGGAUAAUCUGCCGAAGGAGACGGUUAUCUUUGCCAACGGGAAUAUCCUCUCCCGCGGCGACAUCGAGAGGUGUCUUGAAGCCACAGGCGCGGAUGCCGUGAUGAGCGCCGAGGGGAACUUGUACGAUCCUGCUAUUUUUGCCGAGGCGCCCGAGGUGGGGGAGGAGGGGUGUAUGUAUUGGAGGGGGAGGGAUGGGAAGGGGGGGUUUAGGAUGGAUGAGGCGCUGAGGAGGUAUUUGGAUAUUCUGUAUAAGUAUGUGCUUGAGCAAGCGCCGCCGGCGAGGAAACCGCUUUAUAUCCCUGGCCAGGCAGCGGCGGGUGCGAGGGAUCCUCCGACGCCUGAAGCGAGCGAUGAACCGCCGCGCAAGCGCGCGAAGACUGGUGCUGAGCCUCCUGCUGAAACCACGGCGGUGGAGGCAGCGACUGAAGCACAGCCUACCGCGGCACCAACUACGCAGACGCCAAAUAAGAAGCAGAAAAACGCAAACAAGAAACAGAAGCGCGAAAAAACAUCUAGCCCCAACCUCCUCGCCAUGCAACCUCACUGCUUCCACCUCCUGCGCGCGCUCGUCUCGAAACACCACUCCGUGCGCGACGCCCUAGCGCGGAGUCGCCCGGGGGACAUGGAGGCGUAUGAGGGGGUUCUGGCGAUGGUGGAGCGGGUUGUGGAGGAGGGGAUUAGGGAGUACGAAGCUACGGGGGGGGCGAGCUAUCAUGAUGCGCUGGAUAAGGAGGGGGAGGGGGACGGAAAUGUGCUGUCGGCGGUGGGGUAUGAGGGGUUAGAAACGGAGGGGGAGGUGGAGGGAGGGAAGGCGGUGGAGUAUGAGACGAGUGUUAAGGCGGUGAGGGAGUGUAGGAGGCCGUUUUGGGUGUGUCAGCCGUAUGUGAGGCCGUUGCCGAUGGAGGCGAUGGCGAAGGGGAGCUUGACGAUGAGUAAGAAGGAGUUGGCGAAGUUGAAGGAGGGGGAGAAGGAGGUGGUGAUGGGGAUGGGGGCGAGGAGGAAUGAUGGGAGGCAGAAUGGGGGAGUGAAGCAGGGGGAGGAGAAGAAGGAGGAGAAGCUGGAGGAGAAGAAGGAAUUGUAAUGGGAUUUUCAUGUGGUUGGUAGUGGUUGGUGGUGGUGGUGGAAGAAUAGGAUCUUCAUGUGGUUGUUGACGGUGGUGGUGGUGUGUAGAUACGUGGGGGAGUGGAACGUGACCCCAUGGGGAUGGGAUUUUUAGUUAGAGGUGGCCUGGGAGGGUGUGGUGGGGGUUGCGGAUCGUGUGGAGGUUGGGUAGGGAUGUGUUCCCAGUUGUCGUACAGUACGGCGACGCCGAGUGCGAGUGCGACGACAGACGGCAGACAGAUAAGACGUGGAUUCAAGCGCUGAAAUUCACAAGGGAGGGGGAGAUAAGAAGGAGGGCAGACAAGACAGAAUAUAGACGGAUGGGAAUUUCUGUAACAUCUAACCAACCCAUAGACACAUAUACAAAUUAUUGUACGUAAACAACUAGCGCAGCACCGGCAGAUGCCACUGUUGAUCUUUGUUCAACGUCGACGAUCCCAGACAAAUUACAUUGGAGGAGGAAAGGAAAACAACAUGCAUAGGUGAU